GCAGAACUCCAUGGGUAAGAUUUUUGAAUGUUACUGCAGCAGGCACUCUCUGAACCGUCGAAGUCUCCUCUUCUCGGGUAGGGAGCCUGUAGCGUGUCGCCCUCCGUCCGCGAGUGAGUUCCGGUACUACUUGAAUGUCGAUGGCGCUUUCAUCCGAUUCACGGAACAUAGAGAAAAGACGGAGGAGAAAUGGUGGCCAACUUGCCGGAAAGGAAGUGCCUGUCAAGUUGAAGAAGGCGAAGAGCGGCGAGGUCGCUUCAGUCGCGGAGGCAGAUGCAGAUGCGCAGGAGCAGAAACAGGCGCAAGCGGAGGCGAAGCUGCGGGCGAUCUGCGCGGCAUUUUGGGGAGAUGACGAAGAGGAGAGUGUCCCAGCAUGCUCUUCUUCGCAGGCCGUUGUUGCCUCAGAAGAAAGCGAGACAAAAAAGCGCCGCCGGAGUGCCGAGUCCGCCUCAGAAAGGGCGGGAGUUUCAUCUCAAGGAGGACUGAGGGCUGUCGAUCACCAAGACAGCGGACCGACAGGAAACACUCAGGAGUGCAGCACAAGGAAGAAGAAGGGAUCGUCGACUUCAGUUGAGAGUGCUGUCUCAUCUGUAGGCGCCUCGCCCUCUGUCUCACCCUCAAACUGUGACCUGCAACCAAAGAAGCGCUCGAGGGGAGGAAAAAACGGCUUUCGAGAUUCCUCGUCAACUGCUGGGGCUUCUUCCCCUGACUCCACCCGACCUUCCUGUUCCGUGCCGUGGGGCUUCGAGUUCCUCGGAGAGGAAAUUCAGGAAAUUCCUUCCUGCGACCGCACUUCUGCGACCCCCCGUGGCAGCUCCAGCCAUGCACAUGGAGGGUUUGCCGCUCGCGGCUCAGGGAAGAAGGACAGCGGUUUCCAUUCAAGCGGCAACUCUCGGACUGGAACUCCUCCUGGUGGCGCAAAGUCUGGGCGGUCACCGGCAGGGCAAGGCACGAAUAGCGCUGUCGUUUCGGCCGAUGCAGACAGAAGGAAACGCGAAGAACAGGAAAAGAAAAGAGAGAAGGAGAUGUUCGACGAAACCGUCAGGGAUAUCCGCAGACUCGUGUAUCCACACCUCGGAACCUUCCAGCGCCGCCAAUACGUCAGUGCGGCGCUUCGCGCCUUAGGAGCGAAGCAACUGAAAGGACAGAAGCGGCUCUUACCGGAACUGCGGUCCAGACAGGCCAAAACCAAGGCAAGCAUCGCAAAGAGGCUGGAAGAAGAGAAGCACCUCGGGGUGUCUACGCAUCUGGAUAAGCGAGGAAACCUGCAGAGUGGAGAACGCUAUAAGAAGAAGCAGCGCGACCAAAAGCGUGGUCGUCAGGACUUGCGUAACGCUCUUGGUUCAGCGGGUCAACUAGACAGAAAGCAAGUGAAAAAGUUACGAUUGAAGAUCUCCUAGAACUACCGAAGAAUGUGCUCACAUGUGGCUGUGCAAUGCGUAGCGGGGGGGUCCGAGGACGUGGCGAAGAACCUUCCGGUGAAUUACAAUGUUUCCCGUUGUCAAAUGCUGCAUUCGCUAGCGGAAAAGGUGCUUUGAUGCGAACCUGUGGAAGGGCUAGGCGAAUGCUUACUUCCUGAGUUGGGAUGGACGCACUACUGAUUGGUUCGCUCUGUAAAUGUAGCUCGGAUCCACCCCCCGCGAUAGUACCCUGGGGUACGGGUACCUGUUGCCAAGCAAAGCAGGUGGGGGGGUUCGUGUGACUGAAAAGCUCGCGUCCGACCUC